AUGCAGUUGCUUCACUGCCAGUGGGUGAACGCGCGGGCUGUGCGAGCUGUGCGGGCUGUCAGGCAGAGCCCGCUGGACCGGGUCGAGGGGCUUCGCGCCGCAGCCCGCGCGCCGCGGCAGCCCAUCGCGCUGGAGGACAAGGUCGAUUAUUGCCUGGUUCACUUGGAGCAGCUGUCAUCUGAGAGGACGGAUCCCCUCAAGUUGCGCUACCAACGGCGUUUGAAGGAGCUUUAUCAGGCCCGCGGGGCUCUGACCUCAAGGCAACUGGUGCGCCUACUCGCUUCCAUGGCCGAACAUCCUUUGGUUUUGGACUCCGAAGGGGCCAGGCCUCUGAUGGAUGUGGCCUUCCAGCGUCUCAAGGUGGCACACUUGGAGAACCCCUCAGCAGCUGAAGCAGACCACCUCGCUGCCGCGUGCUUGUGCCUGGCGCUGGCUGCCAAGUCACGGAAGAAGGCACCAGUGCGGCGGCUUCCCGAGACAGGCGCUCCGCCCGAGGAGGCAGCGCUGCAGCGGCUGUUGACCCUGGCGCUGGAGGCUCAGGCCACCAUCCCACCCUCCUUGUCGAUGGCUGAGUACCUGACGAAGCCUUUGCUGGCGGCGGCCUUGCUUCCAUCUUCUGUGGACAUGUCUGCUGGAGUGGCCGCGAUCUUGGAAGAGGAGACGUUCUGGCGCGGCGCCAAGCGGGGUGCCGCCUCACGGGGCCCUUCUGUACAGAUCUUUGGAGGCUUCCCCAGCAAGCCGGUCGCGCGCGCGGUGGGCGCCCUGGGGAUGAUGCAGGAGCAGGGCGUGGAACUGCCGACGAACACCUCGCAGCGCGUCUUGCGGCUGUUGGACCUGGAGCGGUUCGAGAAUACGGAGCUGCCCGAGUUGGUGCUGCUCUACCAAGGUCUGCGGGGUUUGGGCCUGGAGAGCCGCAUCAAGGAGGCCCGAGAGCUGCAGCAGGAGCGGCUGAAGCAGCGAGGCGCUGCAGCGGUGCCGGCGCUGGAGCUUUGCGAGGCCUUGCUGGUGCUGAAGACCUGUGGGAGGUUGACUCCGGAGCAGCCCUUCGUCUUCGACUUCGUCCGCUUGGCCGCCAACAACGUCGACCGCCUGAAGCGCGGUGAGCGGCGUGUGCUCCGAACUCUGUUGGAGCAUUUGGCGCAACACUUGGGCUUUGAACCCGGUGUGUCGUGGGUCGACUUGGCGCAGGCGCCUGCGCCACAGCACGCGCCGGGCUCACCGGAAGCGUCCAUUUGCAUGCUGGCCAGGCAUGACUGGUUUUCGCGAAAGAGUCGCGCGCACACGUCCUGGUUCCGCCAGCGGGGCCAUUUGCGGUGA